AUGGACGGCAGCAUCAGACCGCUCGGCCUCGCCGGGCCCUCCGCAUCUCAUCUCUCCAUCGGCGGCUUGCAGGUCCCUUCCUCCCUCCUCCGCCCUCCGCCCCUGUUCCUGCGCGCCGCCGCCGCCUGCGGCUCCGCGCUGGAGAGGAGCUACCCGCGUACGCCCAAGUGCGCCCGGUGCAGAAACCACGGCGUGGUGUCGGCGCUCAAAGGCCACAAGCGCUUCUGCCGCUGGAGAGACUGCGUGUGCGCAAAGUGCACCUUGAUUGCGGAGCGGCAGCGCGUAAUGGCGGCGCAGGUGGCGCUCAGGAGGCAGCAGGCGCAGGAGGAGAGCGAGGCCCGCGAGAUCCAGCUGCUGUACUCCGGCUCUGGGAGCGCGGGAGGAGAGCCCGGGGCGCCCAUGGCGUCCUCCGUUGGGACUGGUGUACCGAUGAAUACGAGCAAAGCCCCGACGAGUCCCAGUAUUGACGUGUUUGAAAUAGACAAGCAAAAAGAGGAUGAUAAAGUGAGCAAGUACAACUUUUACAACGGAUUCAUGGGCAGGUCUCUCUUCGCCCCCCACACCGCACCGCUCCCCUCCCCAAACGGAAAGAGAGAGACGUCUCCGAGCAAAGACAACGCCAGCGCCCCCUACGAGAACCGCGCUGGCAGCCGAUCCCCGGCCUUUGACCAGAGAUCGGACCGCACGGAGAGCCCGAGGUCGUUGUUGUCCUCCUCUUCCUCCUCCGAUCCGGAGUCGGGGAGCGAGUCGGAGAAAGCCAGGGACUAUCCGAAUCCGGAGCUUUGCGCGCCGGGCUGCGCAACCAGCAAGGAGCGCGACCCCACCGACGUGAUGGCCAAAAUAUUCCCCCACCAGAAAAGAGACACGCUUGAGUCGGUGGUGAAGUCGUGUAACGGCGACAUUGUGAAGGCCAUUGAGAUCAUGCUUAGUAGCAAAGAGGACAAAAUGGACUCCGGCAGCUUAGCCCUGUCUCUGUCCGCGCACUCUGACGCGCCGAGGCCCGGCUUUGGAUGGCCCAGCGCGCUGCAGGGAGCUUUAGGGAACAAGUCUGCCUUCUCCCCCCUCCAUACAUCCGCAACACCCGCCGGGGGAGACAGCUUGUACGGACCCACUCCUCGCUUUGGUAUCGGCCCCAUGCGACUGGCCUAUUCCUCCGCAGGUGGUGGUAUCACAAGUUUUAUGGCGCCAUACGUGACGUCCGGGCUGGUGCCCGCGUUUCCGCUGCGCCCUCCGUUGGACUACUCAUUCCCGAUGAUCCGAGACCUGUCCUACCUUCAAGGGAAGGAGUCGCUAUGCAACAUAGGUCUGCACGCUCGUCUUAACCCCGAGAAAUAGGCCUAGAUGAUGGUUCUACAAGUGUAAUGAGCUGCUCAAUGAACCGGAAACCAAUUGAGAUUACGAGACGCCUCUUUACGCACGUUAAACAUGUUCACGUGGUUGAGUCGAUUGACGGAACGGAUGACGCCGUUGAGAUCUGGAGGUGUUGGAGAUGUUUUCAAUAUAUUUUUUG